AUGCAUACGGCUGUUAAACUGAACGAAUUGAUGAAGGACAAGUCAGCAGAUUGCCAAUUAUUGAUUGUCAACUUGCCAGGUCCACCUGAUCAAGACUCGGACAUAUACUAUAUGGAGUUUAUCGAAGCAUUGACAGAAGGUUUAAAGCGUGUGCUACUUGUACGAGGUACUGGAGCUGAAGUGGUUACGAUUUACUCGUAA